CGGUUGUUGCAGGGAGGGACGGUCGAGGCGAUGGCGCAGCCAUGAAAGGAAAAGUGCAAUGGGGAAGGCGCUGCGAGACGAGUGUGAUUCCACCACAAGGGCGGCUUCGGUGCAGCAAACGACCAUCACGAGAUGGGUGAACAACGCAGCUCAAAAGAAGUUGGACAUUGGAUGGGCGGAAGCAAUGUUCCACGCGGGAAUCGCGUUCAAUUUUUCGAACUUGACACCACUCUCAAACUGCACGAGGUGUAUUUGGAGGUGGCUAGCGCACAACCAAAGCGGCAAAUCGGCAGUACUUGGAAAUCAAACGCCCACGUGCAGAUUCUCAACGACCUGCGAGAGUUCCACAAGAAACCCACAGGGUACAACCCCUGGCGGAAGGACUCGAAGAUGUGGGAUGGUGGUGCGGCCACAGAUUCUAACACCAUCUCGUUGUUGGAGUGGUGGGCAACUCAUGGCGGCGAUGUGUUGGAGCUGCAGGCCAUUGUCAUGAAAUCCGGGAAGAACUUGAAGGACCACGGCUACAUCGACUUGUGGGCGCAGUUCUUCGAGUCUCUUCCGAAGCCUGAGGUGGACGAUGGUUCUAUUUUGAAGGACCCUGUGGAGGAGAAGGCCAACACAGAGGAAGAGCUGGGGCGGGAACGGGCCUUCAUCAAGACACCGAAGGGCUGGAUUCCAAAGAGCCUCGAAGAUGAGGAGGAGUGCACCGACGACAGUGACCUUGACGACGAGAUGUGGUUGGAGAGCGAGAAUCGGAGCCAGUGGGGGUAUGGGCCGUCCAAAGGAGGAGAAAGAAGAGGCGAUGGGCCAGAGGCAGAACACGAGACUGGCCAGCCAGGGAAGGAAGAAGAAAAGAUGGAGCAAGAGGAGGAAGAAGAAAAGGCUGGCAUGGUGCAGCGAGAGGAGGAGAUGGAACAGGAGGAAGGGGAGGGCACGAAACAGCAAGAAGAGGAGCUGGAGGAGAGUAAGAAGGAGCAGCAGCAGGAAAAGACGGAGAACAGCAAGGAGGAGCAGCAGCAGCAAGCACCGACUACCGUGUACAGGCGUCGGAAGCAAAUUGUGGAGGCUGCUGGGUCACCGGAGAAUUCCCCCGACUUCCCAGCCAACAAAGCGGAAGCCCCUUGGGAGGAAGAGGAAGGCGCCCCGUGAGGACGAACGGCCAAACUUCCACGUGGCAGGCCAACGUGACCGCCGGUCCGGCUGCAAAGCCAAAAAAAAAAAAAAACAGCGGUGCAAGCCUCGCAAACAAAUUGUUGAGGAUGAC